AUGAAAUUUGUCUGGCAACUCUUGUUGCUGUUUUUCAUAACCCUACUCUUAGUUUUCUACUUUUCACUCUCAUCGAAUGCCGAUUUUAGUAGUCGUUGUUUCGUAUUUUCUGUCUUCAAUGUUGUCUUCUGCGCAGUACUUGUUGGAGAUGAUAGAAAAUCGGCUCAAGAUUUUGAUGGGAUUUCGGACUUUUUAGGGUUUGGUUAUGAAGUAGAUUGGGAAGAGAAGACAAUGGAUGAGAUGAGCAGUGACGAGGAUGACGAUGACUUUUAUGAUUCAGAUGGUUAUGAUUCGGAAAUAGAGUGGACCGAUGAUGAUAAUGACGAUGAUACUGAUGAAGACGAUGACGAAGAACUCAAAGAAUACGACCAAAAUUUGGAGGGCAGAAUUGAAGAGUUUAUAGCUAAGGUGAUCAAAGGAUGGAGAGAAGAAUUACUGAUGGAGAAAAUGAACAGCAAUCAAGAGAACUGA